AUGGGCUCUUCUCAGACAAACUGGAAUUCUAAUGAUGAAUUCUUCAAAUUCACACGGGGCCGCUUUAUUGUCGAUGAGGCGGAGAAUCUGCGAAAGCGAGAGAUCACUUUCGAUUUGAAUAGGCUCGCAAGUGUCGCGGCAGACUCGAUUGGCGCCGCUCAAUGCAUUUCUAUCAAGAAGUACCCCGACGGGAUGUUCAACAAAGCAUUCCUUAUGACCAUGGACGAUGGCCGAGAAGUCGUGGCCAAAGUGCCCAACCCGAAUGCUGGCGUUCCACACUUUACUACGGCUAGUGAAGUCGCCACGAUGGACUUCGCCAGAAAAAUUCUUAACACACCAGCGCCUUGCGUGUACGCAUGGAACUCGCAAGCAAAAUCACAUCCUGUUGGGGCUGAAUUUAUCGUUAUGGAAAAAAUUAAGGGUGUUCCGCUGUCCCAAGUCUGGGACACAAUGCAACUAUCCCAGAAGCUUCAAGUCCUUCUUUCUAUGACACGUCUCCAGACGCAAUGGCUGAGCGUUUCAUUCUCGCAUUACGGCAGCUUGUACUACGCGGGAGACGUGCAGCCACCAGUAAGCAACCACUACGUCAAGGAUGGCAAGGCCGUCAGAGAUUCGGAGUUUGCUAUUGGCCCGGCUACAGGCCGGGAUUGGGUUGAUGCAGGCCGAUCAGUUUUAGAUGUUGAGAGAGGGCCAUGGACUUCUCUAACGCAGUAUCUGCAAGCAGUCGGGACGCGAGAGACGAAGGCAGUCCAGACUUUGAAAACACCAAAGCAGAUUGCCUUAUUCUGUGGCCCAAAGCUCUACCGACCAAACACAGAAAAGAAGAUUACUGCUUUAUCAUGGUACAGACAAGUCGUCGAUGCCCUUAUCCCGAAGGACACUGCCAUCACCAAGCCCUACCUCUGGCAUAAUGAUUUGCAUGACGACAACGUCUUCGUAGACCCAGAUAAUCCUGAAAGGAUCACCGGUGUCAUCGACUGGCAGUCUUGCCACCUCUCGCCCCUCUUCAACCAUAAUCCCGAUCCAGCCUUCCUCGACUGGGAUGGCCUUGAGCCUGAGACGCUCGACCUAGCACCAAGACCGAAACUCUCUGGACUUUCUCCAGAAGAACGGUCUGCGGCUAUACACGAGUAUACCGUCCAAAACGUGUUCAUCGGAUGGCGGAAACUCAUGCAUGCCAAAAACCCAGACUUAUAUCGAGUAGUCGAAUUCCGAAAGACGGCAGCGUAUGGGCUGAUCUUUCUUGCCCACCGCAUGUUCGAAUACGGCGAGGCGCAUUUCCAAUCGCUUCUAGUCGAUCUAAAGGACACAUGGGCGGACUUACCUGCCGUCACCAGCGAUGUGCCAUUCCCGUUUCACUUUUCAGAAGCGGAUAUCGAGCGUAUCAAAAGGGAUAGCGAUGAUGCAGUGGCAGGAACCGAGCUUGUUGCGGAGGUCAAGGAGAGAAUGGGCGAUUUGUGGCCGGAUAAAGGCUUCAUCGAGCACGAGCGAUACGAUGCUUGCAAAGCUGCCCUCGACGAAGUCAAAGGUCAGAUACUGGAGCAAUUGGCUGAAACAGAUGAGGAAAGGGCCGAGUACGAACGUUAUUGGCCAUUUCAAUGA